CGGAAGUGCCGCAUUUAUCUCCCUUUGAAGCACUGUGGAGAAGGAUUCAAAAAAUGGCAAGCUUUGGAUUGAGGGUUUUAUGCCAAAAAUGUAGUUGCCAUCAGCUUAACAGAAUAAAAGGAAGCAAACAUUUAUCUUCCAUAACUUACAGCCAAAGACUGGUGCAGAAAAAGAAACAAAACCAAAACCAAGGAGUCAGCCCAUGGAAUUCACCUUUAGUUAUAAAAACGCCAGAAUAUGAUUGGAGUUUUCUUUGUGACACAAAUAAUCUGUCACAAAUAAAGGAUAAUAUAGAAAAAAGGAAAGGAGUAGGUGACAUAGAAAAAUUGCAAGCCACAUGGAAACAGCUUCAAGAUGAAACUUCAGACAGUAGAAAACAAGAGCUUACCAAUGAUCUGAACAAGUUAGCAGCAGAUAUACCAAAUACAAGUUCACAUUUGUCACCAGUUGGAGAUGAAUCUGAAGCAAAUCUUUUAGAAACACAUGGUGAAAAGAAAGAGUUUUCUUUCAAACCCAAGUCUUGUAUUCAAGUCGGAAGCAAUUUAGGAGUACUCAGGACAGAAUAUGUAUCAUUAACCACAGGAACAAGUACUUAUUAUUUCAUUGGAGAUUUAGCUCAACUAGAGCAAGCAUUAGUUCAGUACACAUUACAGCAUCUUAUAUCAAAGGGUUUUAGUGUGGUCUCUGUGCCUGAUAUUAUACAUCCUGCAGUCAUUGAAGGUUGUGGAUUUAAAACAACAGGGGAGAAAACCCAAGUCUACAAACUAAAUGACCAGGAUCUUUGUUUAGCUGGUACUGGGGAAAUGCCUUUAGCAGGAUAUUUCAUCAAUGAAACAUUGAAUUACAAUGAAUUGCCUAAAAAAAUAUGUACUGUGAGUCGAUGUUUUCGUGCUGAAACAUCAAAUAUAGAAAUAGAGAGGGGAAUCUAUAGAGUUCAUCAGUUCACAAAGGUAGAAAUGUUUGGUGUAACUAGUGCCUCUCCAGAAGAGAGUAGAAAACUCAUGGAAGAAUUUAUGUCCAUUCAGAAAGAAUUGUUUAUUGGUCUUGGGCUUCACUUCAGGGUUCUGGAAAUGCCAACACAAGAAUUAGGAGCACCAGCACACAGAAAAAUUGACAUGGAAGCAUGGAUGCCAAGUAAAGAAUUCUGGGGAGAGAUUUCCAGUACCUCUGACUGCACUGACUUUCAAAGUCGACACCUCUCCAUAAUGUAUUCUGAUGAACAGGACAAUAUUUUGCAUACUUUUUCAGUGAAUGGAACUGCCUGUGCUGUACCAAGAUUGAUAAUGAAUAUAUUGGAAACAAAUCAAACUGCAGAUGGAGAUGUUCUCAUUCCAACAGUAUUACAGCCUUAUAUGGAUGGGAAAGAAAAACUGACAAAAAUAGACAAAAAAAUAAAAUUCAUACCAGCUAAUAAGUUACACAGGAUGAUACAAAAAUAAAAAUCUCAAUUUUA